AUGGAAGAUGCCACCAUGCCCAGCCCUCCACCACCCUCCUCUCCGCAUCCCAGCAAUGCAGCUGCUGCAGAAGAAAAACAAAACGGCGAUGAUCACCACCACACGCUGAACAACAACAGCUCACGCGACCCGCUCCUUUCCCGAUUAACCUCCGCACAUUCCAUCAUCCGGCUUAUCCAAUGCCCGCGCUGCUCGUUACCGCUCCGAACCCCGCUGCGCCUGCCCUGCGGAAACACGAUCUGCAAGUCAUGUCUACCGCCCAUUCGGCAACGGACGGGGAUUACUUAUCCGGCGGAUGAGGAGCGGAAACAGGGGUUUACGUGCUAUUGGGGAGAUGGUGCGACGAGCUGCUCGGGGGAACAUUGUCUGGGGGAUUGCGGGACGGAUGUUUUGUUGGGGAGGGUGGUGGAUGUGUUUGAGGAGGUGUUGGGGAAGCGGGGUAGUGAUGAUGAUGAUGAUGGUGCUGGUGCGAGGUUUUGUGAUGUGAGGUGGGAGGGGAAGAGGUUGGGGAGUGAGGAUGAGGUCAAAGGGACAGAGGCAGACAUAGGCACAGAAACAUGUGUUGCUAGGAUUGGGUGUGGGGAUUUGUUAGGGGGUGUGUAUGGACUGGUUAAGCAGGGUCGUGUUGGGUUUGGGGAUGUGUUGGAGGUGGAUGGUGAUACUACAUUUGAGGAGGGACAAGGGCAACGACUAUCCUACGAGAGAUUGAAGGAGGCAGUUCGGGGAGAAUUGGACUGUCAGGUCUGCUACUCGCUUAUUUUGGAUCCGUUGACGACUUCUUGUGGACAUACGUUUUGUCGCGGUUGUGUGGCUAUGGUUUUGAAUCAUAGUGAUCUGUGUCCGCUGUGUCGGCGCAAGUUGAAUAUGGCUUCGACGGUGCGGGCUGAGCCCGUUAAUAGGAGGAUUUCGGACUUGGUGGAAGCUUUGUUCCCUGAGCAGGUUGUGUCGCGUCGCGAGGGUUCUUCUAAUGAGGAUGGAGUGGCCGCUACUGGGGAUGGAGAGCGGACUAUUCCCUUGUUCGUGAGCUCGCUUUCGUUCCCGACUAUGCCGACUUUCUUGCAUAUAUUUGAACCGCGGUAUCGGACUAUGAUCCAUAGGGUCAUGCAGACGAGGGAUAAGAAAUUUGGUAUGGUUAUGUAUAAUCGCUCCGGUCGGCUGCAGGAAGGUUUGGGCAGGGCCCAAUUCAUGCAGUAUGGUACGGUGCUGGUGGUGGAGCGGUUCGAGCUACUCCCCGAUGGGAGAAGUUUGGUGAUUGCAUCAGGGGUGUCGCGCUUCAAAGUGAUGAGCUUUGAGAUGGUGGAUGGAUACCAUGUUGGCAGGAUACAGCGCGUGGAUGAUAUUGCGAUAUCUGAGGAGGAGAGGCUAGAGUCUUUGGAAACGUCAUCAGGAACAGGGGAAUCACUAUCAGCAGCGUCAACACCACCGGAGUCUCUGCCCACGCAGCAGCUUUUUCAGAUCGCCUUGGAUUUUAUCGACAAAAGCCGUCGCGAAGGAGCAGCAUGGCUCCAUCCGCGAGUCUUGCUAGCAUAUGGCGAGGCGCCUACCGAUCCGGCUGUGUUUCCCUGGUGGUUCGCCUGCGUUCUGCCUCUUUGGGAAGAUGAGAAGUACAAGCUUCUAGCGACGACCAGUGUCCGGGAUAGACUGAAGAUGGUUGUGCGGUGGGUGAGGAAGUCAGAGUCUCGAGAGUGGUUGGCUCGGCCCCGACCAUCAUUCGCCUCGGUCUUAUGA